GAACAGACCUCUCACACCACGACAUUCAAAGAGAGAGAAAGAAAGAGAUAGAUAGCUCAACAGUGAAACCAAACGCAUAGACUUAAAUUCGGCGAAAGAGGCAUUAAUGCUAUUGCUCAACUACCAUUGUGAUCCAUUACUACUAGAAAGUAGUAGUACUGAUAUUUCUCCUAUUUUGUACUCACCACGCUCAACUGCCAAACUUUUCGCACAUUUUUAAACCCUACUUACUGCAUUAGCAUUGUUAAAAAAAGCUCUCUAGUGUUCAUUUUUAGAAAAAGUUUGUGUGUGCGUGUGUGUGUGUGUGUGUGAGAGAGAGAGAGAGAGGUUGAUUUGGAUCUGGAUGUGGAACUCGGCGGAGAAUGCGUUUGCGAGGACGGCGUCGUUUAGGGAGGAUGGAGAGGACGAGGAGGAGCUCCGGUGGGCCGCGCUGGAGAGGCUACCUACCUACACUCGCGUACGGAGAGGGAUCUUCAGGAACAUGGUUGGAGAUCACAUGGAGAUUGAGGUCACUGAGCUCCAAGCUCAGGAGCAGAAGCUCGUGCUUGAUCGACUCGUUACCUCCGUCGAUGACGACCCUGAGCGAUUCUUCCAACGCAUGAGAAGCCGAUUUGACGCAGUAGAUUUGGAGUUUCCAAAGAUUGAGGUUCGAUUUCAGAAUUUUACAGUUGAAUCAUUCGUCCACGUUGGAAGCAGAGCACUGCCAACAAUUCCCAAUUAUGUUACUAACAUGGCUGAGGCAUUUUUAAGGCAGUUGCGUCUAUACCGGGGACAGAGAAGCAAGUUGACAAUUUUAGACGGUAUUAGUGGGUUAAUUAGACCAUCAAGAUUGACAUUGCUAUUGGGUCCUCCAAGCUCCGGAAAGACAACUCUAAUGUUGGCUCUUGCAGGUCGCCUUGGAACUGAUUUGCAGACGUCAGGUAGGAUCACAUAUAAUGGACAUGGCCUGAAUGAAUUUGUUCCUCAGAGGACAGCUGCUUAUGUUAGCCAACAGGAUUGGCAUGUGGCCGAAAUGACUGUAAGGGAAACUCUUGAGUUUGCAGGACGCUGUCAAGGUGUUGGGUUCAAAUAUGAUAUGCUAACUGAACUUGCAAGAAGAGAAAAGAAUGCUGGCAUAAAACCUGAUGAAGAUCUUGAUAUAUUCAUGAAGUCGUUAGCUCUUGGGGGACAGGAGACAAGCCUUGUAGUGGAGUACAUUAUAAAGAUUUUAGGGUUGGACAUCUGUGCUGACACAUUGGUGGGAGAUGAAAUGCUCAAGGGAAUCUCUGGGGGCCAAAAGAAGCGGCUUACAACAGGUGAAUUACUAGUUGGUCCUGCGAGAGUGCUAUUCAUGGAUGAAAUAUCAAAUGGGCUUGAUAGUUCCACAACUUAUCAAAUAAUCAAAUAUCUUAAGCAUUCAACUCAUGCACUUGAUUCCACCACUGUAAUUUCUCUGCUCCAACCAGCUCCUGAGACGUACGAAUUGUUUGAUGACGUUAUACUUUUGUGUGAGGGCCAGAUUGUAUACCAGGGAUCUCGUGAUGCUGCUCUUGAUUUUUUCACAUUUAUGGGAUUUAGUUGCCCUGAGCGAAAGAAUGUGGCAGACUUCUUGCAAGAAGUGACAUCAAAGAAGGACCAAGAGCAGUACUGGUCUGUUCUGGACAGCCCUUACCGGUACAUACCUCCUGGAAAGUUUGCUGAAGCUUUUCGUUCAUAUCCUGCCGGGAAGAAUUUGUCUGAGGAACUGGCUGUUCCUUUUGAUAAACGCUAUAAUCAUCGAGCAGCCUUGGCAACAUAUCGCUAUGGAGUGAAAAGGCGUGAACUUCUCAGGACCAACUUUCAGUGGCAGAGGCUACUCAUGAAACGAAAUUCAUUUAUUUAUGUCUUCAAGUUCAUUCAGCUUCUUUUUGUUGCUUUGAUCACAAUGAGUGUGUUUUUCCGGACAACAAUGCACCGUGAUACGAUUGAUGAUGGAGGGAUAUAUCUUGGGUCACUAUACUUUUCUAUGGUUAUUAUUCUUUUUAAUGGCUUUACCGAGGUGUCAAUGUUGGUGGCCAAGCUUCCAGUGAUUUACAAGCAUAGGGACUUGCACUUCUACCCAAGCUGGGCUUAUACUCUUCCUGCUUGGGUUUUAAGUAUUCCAAUUUCACUCAUAGAGGCUGGUUUCUGGGUGGCAGUCACAUACUAUGUGAUUGGAUAUGAUCCUGCAAUCACUAGGUUUUUUCGGCAGUUCUUUUUGUACUUCUUUCUACACCAAAUGUCAAUAGGACUCUUCCGUCUUAUGGGAUCCUUGGGCAGGAACAUGAUAGUUGCCAACACCUUUGGAUCAUUUGCUAUGCUGGUUGUCAUGGCUCUUGGAGGGUACAUCAUUUCAAGAGAUGAUAUACCAAGUUGGUGGAUCUGGGGAUUCUGGUUUUCUCCUUUGAUGUAUGCUCAAAUUGCAGCAUCUGACAAUGAAUUCCUUGGACAUUCCUGGGAUAAGAGAGUUGAGAACAACUCGAACUCUGGGUUGGGUGAGGCAUUACUAAGAGCACGCAGUUUAUUUCCAGAGAGCUACUGGUAUUGGAUUGGUGUUGGUGCUAUGAUUGGAUACACAGUUUUACUCAACAUGCUGUUCACAUUAUUUCUAGCUUACCUUAACCCUUUGGGUAAGCAACAAGCUGUGGUCUCUAAGGAAGAGCUGCAGGAGAGAGAGAGGAGAAGGAAAGGUGAACCUACUAUUGUUGAACUGAGGUACUACUUGCAGCAGUCAGGGAGUGCAAAACAUUUUAAGCAGAAAGGCAUGGUUCUCCCAUUCCAACCACUCUCUAUGACUUUCAGCAAUAUGAAUUACUAUGUGGAUGUCCCUGUGGAAUUGAAGCAACAAGGAAUAGUGGAAGAUAGAUUGCAGCUGUUGGUUGAUGUUACUGGAGCAUUUAGGCCUGGUGUCCUUACAGCAUUGGUUGGAGUCAGUGGUGCUGGGAAAACCACCCUCAUGGAUGUAUUAGCUGGUAGAAAAACUGGUGGGGUCAUUGAAGGGAACAUACGUAUUUCUGGUUAUCCCAAAAGGCAGGAAACUUUCGCAAGAAUUUCUGGUUACUGUGAGCAGACUGACAUUCAUUCCCCUUGCUUGACUGUUCUGGAAUCACUUCUGUUCUCUGCUUGGCUUCGGUUACCAUCAGAUGUUACCUUGGAGAUUCAACGGGCCUUUGUUGAGGAGGUGAUGGAACUUGUAGAGCUCACUCCACUGAGUGGGGCAUUGGUUGGUCUACCUGGAGUUGAUGGUUUGUCAACAGAACAGCGGAAAAGAUUAACGAUUGCUGUGGAACUUGUUGCCAACCCUUCUAUAGUGUUCAUGGAUGAGCCCACAUCAGGUUUGGAUGCAAGGGCUGCAGCCAUUGUGAUGAGGACUGUAAGGAAUAUUGUAAAUACUGGACGAACAAUAGUGUGCACCAUCCAUCAGCCCAGCAUAGACAUUUUUGAAUCCUUUGAUGAGCUUUUGUUUCUGAAGCGCGGAGGAGAGCUCAUAUAUGCUGGUCCACUUGGCCCCAAGUCUAGCGAGCUCAUCAAAUAUUUUGAGGCAGUUGAAGGAGUGCCAAAAAUCAGGCCUGGAUAUAAUCCUGCUACAUGGAUGCUUGAGGUUACUUCUGCUGCUGAAGAGAAUCGUCUCGGAGUGGACUUUGCAGAAAUUUACCGAAAAUCAAAUCUAUUUCUACUUAAUAGAGAGUUGGUUGAAAGCCUAAGCAAGCCGAAUAGUAAUUCAAAGGAAUUGAACUUCCCCACCAAGUAUUCAAAGUCAUUCUUUUACCAGUUGUUGGCUUGUCUUUGGAAGCAAAAUCUUUCUUAUUGGCGAAACCCACAAUACACUGCAGUUCGCUUCUUCUAUACUGUCAUCAUCUCAUUGAUGCUUGGAACAAUAUGCUGGAGAUUUGGUGCUAAAAGGGAGACCCAGCAGGAUUUAUUUAAUGCCAUGGGUUCAAUGUAUGCAGCCGUCCUGUUCAUUGGAAUCACAAAUGCUACUGCUGUUCAACCUGUUGUUUCUAUUGAGAGAUUUGUUUCAUAUCGAGAGAGGGCUGCAGGGAUGUAUUCAGCUUUACCAUUUGCAUAUGCUCAGGUUGUUAUUGAGUUCCCCUAUGUAUUUGCACAGGCAAUCAUCUACUGCACAGUUUUCUACUCCAUGGCUUCAUUUGAGUGGACUGUGUUGAAAUUUAUGUGGUACAUAUUCUUUAUGUAUUUUACUAUGCUGUACUUCACCUUUUAUGGGAUGAUGACAACUGCUGUCACACCAAAUCAUAAUGUGGCUGCCAUCAUUGCUGCUCCAUUUUAUAUGCUAUGGAACCUUUUCAGUGGCUUUAUGAUUCCUCACAAGAGAAUCCCAAUAUGGUGGAGAUGGUAUUAUUGGGCAAACCCUAUGGCCUGGUCUCUAUAUGGCCUCCUUACUUCACAAUAUGGUGAUGACAAUAAACUCUUGAAGCUAUCAGAUGGAACUCACUUGGUACCUGUAAGGCAGUUACUCAAUAGUGUUUUUGGGUAUAGGCAUGAUUUCUUGGGUAUAUCUGCGAUUAUGGUGGUGGGUUUCAGCGUGUUUUUUGCAGUCAUUUUUGCUUUUGCAAUAAAAUCCUUCAACUUCCAAAGGAGAUGAUAGCCAAGUUAUGUUCCAUUAAGAGCGGUAUAUCCUCAAUGCAUGCUUGACGAGUACAGUACUUCCUGGUAAAUGAAACCAGUGAGAAAUCUAUUUAUAGCUACAUGAUUUUCUAGGAUGAAUUAUUUGUUUUACUUGAGUAAAAAUUACAGCUAAGCUGGAAUUUGUGUGUAAAACUAUUAAUAGUUACAUGUUUCAAUAUUGUCUAUUAUACAGAAUUAAAUUAAAAAUAUUGUAAAGUCAGAUAUCAGUGGCAUGAGAGUAUGUUUUCUACAUAAUGAUUUGAGAACUUAAAACGAGGAUGAUGUUCUAUUUUUA